AAUUAUGCGACACGUAAUUUAGUUUUGAUAUUUUGUGUUUAUUUUGCUAUAUUUUUCAAUCGUAAAUGUGUUACACAAAUAUUUGCUGAAUUAAUUAAUGAUGGCUUAACACAACAAAAUGCUGGUACAAUAUCAAGUGCCCAAACAAUAUCGUUGGCAUUGACAACAUUUUUGGCCGGCAUUUACAGCCAUAGACUAGCAUCCCGUUCCCUUCUAACAUGGUCAUUCAUUCUAUGUUCGCUAACUACUGGCCUAAUCGGCCAAUUACCGGUCAGUGCAUCCGUAUAUACACUGUUAUGGUUUGUCAACGGUAUAGGCCAGGGUCUGGCAUUGCCACCCAUACUCCAAGUUACCCAAUCAAACAGUACGCCCACCCGGUUUGCAACUAACUGGGCCGUAGUAUUGAUAUCGAUAAACGUAGCACAGAUAGCCAGUACAGUAAUAGCUGCGGCCAUUACCGAUUCGUAUGGUUGGCGAUCGUAUAUAUUGUUCAGUACCUGUUUGACUGUAGGUGUGGGUGCACUAAGUUAUUUCCUGAUUAAUUAUCACCAAGAUACAGUUAGUAAUAAUGAUAAAAAACAUGAUGGUGACGACACCAAAAAAGGGCAACCGGGCAACUAUACACUCAUAUCGCCCAUUAUAUUGUUAACCCUAACACUUAGUUUUAUUGAAGGCUUAUCCCGUAUAGCCAUAAGCGAUUGGAUAGGACUAUACCUGACCCGUCAGCUACAGUUUACCCCUAUGUCAGCUAGUUCAUUUAUCAGUUUAAUUGGCCUGGGUUCAAUUGGUGGCAAACUAUUGGCUGGUAAAUGUAGUGAUAUACUAGUUCAACGACAGUCAGCAUCAGCACAGGUAGCUGAUAGUAGUCCAUAUGAUGGCAGACCCAGAGCCCGAUUGCCAGUCAAUAUAGUAUUGUUUGCAUUGAAUGCAUGGGUAUUACACGUGUUGUGCUAUACAAUGGAUUCACAAUCAAGUAAUACACUACAGAUAGUGACGGCACUGUUGACCGGUGUCUCAAUUUCGGGAAAUGUAGUCAACCUGUCGGUUAUGGCCACCGAAUUGGGACCGAAACAUAUGUCCGGGUUUUACUCGUCAAUUGUAACGAUGUCUAGCUUUGUUGGCGGUAUAUUUACUGGACUACCCAUGAGUACAGUGGCCGACAAUUAUGGUUGGCAUACAGUGUUUGUAUCAAUUGAAUUGUUAUGUUUAGCAGCAAUUUCUGCCAUCGCAAGUGAUAGCAGUUAUUAUAAGCGGCACUGA